AUGGAACAUAUAGCUGUACUUACUGUCCCAAUGACCUUAGUUUCUAUCGGCACCCAAGCUGGAUGUGCUAAAACUUUGUUUUUAAAAUGGAAUUUACAUAAACCUGUAGCUUAUGUAAUAAUUUGUAGAUAUUUAAUCAUGUCUAUCGUUGGAAUAAUAGUAGUUCUAGGGUGUAAAUUUAUUGCUAAAGAUUUGGAUUGGUUUAUAAUCAAUGAUCCGAUGUUUAUAUUCGUGGCAAUGUGCUUAGCGUGUGGACCAACUGCUAUUGAUCUUUUUGAUUCACAAGAUGAAUUAUUAAUUUUAACAUAUAAUUCUUAUAUUUUACUAUCUCCAGUUAUUUGGUUCACUUUGAUGGGGUUGUUGUCAAUUACUGCGUAUAAUGUUGGAAAAUUCGCUAUUGCUUUAUAA